AUGUCUCGCAAACGCAAAGCGCUAUCGUUCAAGGAGAAGCUUGAAGUUCUGAGCAAAGUCAAUCAGGAACCAAAGAAGAAGGGCACUAAGCUUGAAAAAGAGCUGGGACUUGCACCGUCAAUGCUGAGCACGAUCGUCAGCCAACGAGAGCAGAUUCUGAAAUGUGUGCAGUACUUUGGUGCAAAUGUCGAGCAAGAGAAGACUGCACAGCGGGUGAACUUAGAAGUGACCCUUCUGACGUGGUUUAAGCAGGUGACGGCGGCUGGCAUCAAGGUAGAGCGCAAAGUGGCGCGAGAGAAAGUGGACAACGUUGCUGUAUCACUGAAAAUUGACAGUUUCCAAACAUGA